AAAAGAACUGUCUACCUCGUCUUUAAGAGCGUUUUCAAUGGUAUAAACACACAUCCGCGAACCGACAAGACCAUCAAAAGGAAGAUACAAACGCAUGGCAAUCGCACUGAAGAGAUACGGACACUGCUACAAGAACACAAUCUUGACGAUGUUAGCAAAUCAGUCAAGACACUCCUCGAGGGAGAUAUCUUUAGGUCGAUACUAAAGGCAAAGAUGCGCUUCCCGGAACUCUUUGAUGUCUCUCCUGCACAGAGUGCAGAGCGAGCAGCGUCCGAAGCCGAGGCCACGAGGACUGAAGAGGAUGCGAUAAGAGACAUGACAGUGGGACCGCCCGGUGGAAGCCCCCUUCACCCAGAGACAUUCACCAUUCGCUCUCUCUAUCCGUUAUAUCUGCCCGCAAAGGGCCAACGUCGGCUGCUGAGCAAGGUGCAAGACGUUCUGGAGCAUGCAUGCUUCACUUUCGCAAAAAGGAUAAUGACGCAGGAGCUACACGAGCAGGGACGGGACAGUCCAGACUGCGUUGAACUCAAUUGCUGGACGGGCAUAUUCAGAUCAAGGCAAAGCUUGUUCGAUGUUGAACGUAUCACCACACUCGUCAAACCAUUUGGUGAAUUACUCAGUUCAAUAGCCCAAAUCCGGCAUACGGCGGUUCACCGGCUCAAAGUCACUGCUGGAAGAGUCGAGUCGUUCUUGAUCGACGCAGAGGCGCUCGCUACUCUGCUUGGUGACGACAUCUGCGCAAGACAGCUUUCACGGCUGCGAAGAGAAACGCAUUCAGUCGUAGAAGAGUUUGGACGGAAUAAAGACCUCUUGGAAGUGCGAUAUAUGGACAAGCGUAAAGAGAUUGUCGCCCGAAGAGCUGAACUGGACCGCAUCGAAACUGCCGCGUGGGAAGCGAUGCUGGAUGAAGACAAACAGUACCAGUGUUUUGCCGGCGCGAAUCUC